GUACACAGCAGUUCAGAGCUGCACCUGUUCCUCUUCCCACUCUCUCUUUCUGUCUCUGUCUGUCUCUCUGUCUGUCUCUCUGUCUGUCUGUCUCUCUGUCUGUCUGUCUCUGGGCCGGUGAGGACAGGGGUCGAGCAGGAGGUCAGUAUGGACCCUAAGGAGCCCGGCGGGGCCGAGCGAGAGAAGGAGAAGGAGGAGAAGAAGGAGGAGAAGAAGGAGAGAGGACUGAAGAGAAGGAACCGACUGUUUUUCCGUUUGGAGAGGAGGAGAACCGACACCAUCGUGGAUGAGGAGCCGGGGAAGGACGUCAGCAUCAACACUCUGGUGAGGAGGAGCCAGUCCGACAAGACCGAGUACAGCGCCAAACUCAAAGAGAAAAUGUCCCCUCAUGACCUGUCGUCCCCCUCGUCCCCGCUGGACCCUGAGGAGGUGAGACAGAGGAAGAUGAUGAAGAGGGAGAAGGUUAUAGAGGAGCUGGUGAGAACAGAGGGAGAUUACCUCACUGAUCUGGAGCUCUGCAUCCGAGAGGUUCUACAGCCUCUCCGUAACACACAGGUGGAUGUGGACCGGUUGUUCACUAAUAUGGAGUGUGUGUGUGCCGUGUCCGGGGAGCUGCUGCACAGACUGCAGGAGGCCAUCACUGAACCUGAUCCAGAAACACAGCGGAUCGGGGAGGUGUUUAUCCAGGCUAAAGCCGCUAUAGAGGAGGUGUAUAAGAUCUACUGUUAUCAUCAUGAUGAAGCUAGCGCUCUGCUAAAGAGCUACAACCAGCAGGAGGAGAUCCAGCAGCUCUUCAGGACCUGCGUCUCGGCGCUGAAACAGAUCUACGACCAGCAAGGGAAGCCCAAUCUCCUGGACAUGGGGUCUCUCAUUAUAAAGCCUGUCCAGCGUGUAAUGAAAUAUCCACUCCUAUUGGCUGAGCUGUGGCAGGCCACGCCCCCUGACCACCCUGACCACCGCCCCCUGCAGGAGGCGCUGACCGCGGCCAAGAUCAUCAACAUCAACAUCAACGAGUUUAAGAGGAGGAAGGACAUCGUGCUGAAGUAUAAGAGGAGUGAUUAUGAAGGAUCACUGAAGGGGAGACUGAACAAGUUCAACAUCCACACCCUCCGCAAGAAAACCGAGCGCAUCACCGGAUACUUCAAAAUCCUCACCGGCGUCGAACCGCAGGUGAGGGAUGAGGUGUUUGAUAAAGAGGAGAAGAUGUUCAGGAAUCUGGAGAAAGCAGUGAGACAGCUGCUGAAGAACAUCAGCCUCCUGCAGCUCUACGCUCAGGAGAUGAUAUCGGUCGCAGUGAGAAACGCAGAAGAUCUGGAGACCAUGAUGAAAGAUCCCGACAAGAUCGACACCAACGGCUUCCAGUCCCGCAGGAACGGCCACGACCCGUACAAACAACUGGGUGCGGGUCUGGAGCGGAUGCUGGUGGUUCCGCUGGCGGCGCUGCAGGUGAUGUUCUCGGCUCCUCAGAAGCUGAUUCAGAAGCGGUAUGAUAAGCUGCUGACGUGCUGCAGCUGCCCGGAGGAGGCGUCGGCCUGCAACGAGGAGCAGCUCCAGGCUCUGAGGGAUUAUCAGGCUCUGAACGCUCAGCUGGGGGAGGAGCUUCAGCGCUUCAACCGCGCCGCCGCCUCCAUCCUCACCAACUGCCUGCUGAGCACCGUGGGGCUGCUGAGGGGACUGAUGGAGGCGGCAAGACCCCCCGUCCUGCAGCUACCGGCUCCGCUGUCUAACAUCAGUGAGGUGCAGAACAGCAUCAUGGAGGAGAUCAGUAACCUGAGCUUCGUCAGAGAGAGCUCUCAGAAACCCUCUAUGGACCGAAAGGUCAGCUUCGAGAGACGAGAACGCAAGGUGCCGGAGGUCCCACGGCAGUCGGAGGCUGACAGGGCGCGGGUGCUGGCGCUGUACCCGCAGGACCGGCUGUAUCAGCUGAAGAGGAACUGUAACGCCUGUCAGGAGCAGGACGUCUCGCUGCUGGAGGGGGAGCUGGUGGCCCUGCUAGAGGACCGGGACCCGCUGGGGAGCAGCAGCCGCUGGAGAGUCGACACGGGGGGUACGCAGGGCUACGUAUACUCCUCCUUCCUGAAGGUAUAUAAUCCUCAGAGAGACGUUUCUGAAGGUUCUGAGGAUUUUGAUAAUCUGAGUCUGUUUGUUUCGGGGAGUCGGAGCUGCAGUCUGUAUGGCUUCACCUCCUCCGGCCAGCAGGCGGCGCCAGAGAACACGCAGGAGAACAGCGCCGACGCAGAGGAACAUUUUUACGCAGUGUACGCAUUCCAGGCACGCUGUGAUAAGGAGCUGACGCUGCAGGAGUAUCAGCCGGUCCGGAUCCUGCAGUUCUCGGAUCUCGGGGGGAAUAAGGACUGGUGGUUGGCUGAAGCUAACGGUCAGCGUGGCUACGUCCCGGCCAAUUACCUCGGCAGGAUGUCCUACGCCUGAGCGGACAGCCAAUCAGAGCACAGCUCCACCCUUACCCUCCG